AUGGAGUUAAGUUUAUCACGCAUCCAUCAUAUUAUAUUAAAAGAUAUCAUUCAAAAUGGUUAUUCUCCUUCCAUUUUGAGUCUAUCAACUGUAUUUCAGCGUUCACAAGAAGAAAUAAUUCAAUAUCUGAAAGAUCUACAAGAAUAUCAUGGUGUUGUUUUACAUCCUAAAACAUCUGAAGUGUGGAUUGUGCAUCCAUUUGCAUUAUCACCAACAAAUUUCUGGGUUGAAUCCUCCAGAGGACAAUGGUGGGGAAAUUGUGCUUGGUGUAGUUUAGGAAUCGCUGCGCUUCUCAAAGAAGACACGACCAUCACUACAACACUCGGUGGUGAAUUCAAACAGAUUAAAAUUCAUAUUAAAGAUGGACAAUUAAUUACUAAUGAAUGUUUAUUGAUUCAUUUUCCUAUUCCAAUGAGACAUGCUUGGGACAAUGUUGUUUAUACCUGUAGUGUUAUGCAAAUGUUUACAUCGGAAAUAGAAGUCGAUAUUUGGUGUCAACGACAUCAGAUAGCAAAAGGUGAUAUUCAACCAAUUGAAAAUAUUUGGAAAUUCGCUCAAAAAUGAUAUGAAUUCUUAAUUAAAUUUUAUUAUUUGAUAUAUUCCGAUACAAAUAGUGGAGGACUUUUAUGUUUACCAAAGAAAGAAAAUAUUUUAUCUAUUAUUGAUGGAAAAUUUCAAUGUGAGAAACAAUCUACUGUGGCUCAUAAUUACGGAAUAGAUUCCCAUCUCGUUAUCUACGUUGCUCUAAACUGUAAAACAUUGGAAGGUUUUGCUGGUGUCAUGCAAAAAUAUUGUCCAGACCGUCGUGGUUAUAUAUUUAGUCAGGUUUUUAUACAAUUACUUGAAUCGUUUGAUAAAAACGAAGAUGAUACCGUUGAUGGAGCAACUAAGAAAGAAAAAUUAAUGGCUUUGCUAAAAAAUCAAAUUUCAACUACAAUGUCCACUAAAGUUAUUUACAAAGACAUGGAAGAGUGUCAUUCAUUACCAUCCAUAGAUGAACAAUUAUGUAAAUUGCGACGAUUUAUUGAUGAAAAGAAAGUUGAAGAACUUACAUUGCGAAAUGAAGGAAGAUUAAUAGUUUAUUGUCGCAAAACACUUUUAGAAGAUCGACAAUGUCGAAGAAAUAGAAACUAUCGAUUUUUCUUAUACCCAAUUUAUGAAGAUUUCUUUUGA